AGGAUGGCGUUUCCACCGCUGGUCAGUUCGACGCCUCCACCUCUCGAUAAUUGUCGGGAAAGUGAUGAUGAUGAAUUUGGUGACUAUGCAGCUGGUGGAAUUGAUGGAUCAUCAACGACCUCAGAGUCUCCACAAAAAAUACUUACUCCGAUUCAGACUCCAACUUUAUCAAUUACAGCUUCUCCGAGGAUUAACGGAACCAGUGACUAUUCUCCAGCUGUUGAUGUGUCGACGCGUGGUGAUAAUGGUGAUGAUAUUCUCAGGCUUAGUAACGAGGAUAUUAUAACUGUGGAAAAAAUAGACGACACUGUGAGCAGUAUAAAGUUAGAUAUUAGGACGUGUAGUGGUAGUUUAAAAAAUAAUAGCAACAAAGUUAAUAAUGAUAAUAAUUUGGAUUUUAUAAAGAAAAGAGAUUUAAAUAUUGAUGAAAUUUCAAGUGAUAAAAAGUCUGUUUAUGAGAUCAAUAGAAGUAGCACCAAUGAUAUUUGUAAUCGUAAUUUAGAUAAGAAUAAUUUAUCUAUCAAUGGUGAUGUAGCAUGUAGUAACAAUAGUAGUUUAGCUGAAAGUUUAAAGACUGUAAGUGAUCGAGACGAUUCGCUUAACAAUAUCGAAGCUAAUGAUGAGCAUGAACCCUUGAGUUUGAUACUUGAUGAUCCCACAGUUGUCAGUGAAUUAAAUCCUGAUUUGGAUAAUGAUUUUUAUGAUUAUGACAAUUACAAUAAUUCACUGGAGUGCGACAGUCCUGGUUCAAAUGACAAUCCUGACUCUGAAUUGAAUUCACCUAAGCAUGAGAUCUUUGAAACUUUUCAAAGCAAAGAUAUUGAGGUUGAUGUGAUGACAACAGAGAACAAAAAGACAGAAAUUUCUAAUAAGUUUGAUGAAAAUGAGUCAAUUAGAAUAGUUGAUAAUCAAGAAGAAAAGGUUGAUGAAUUUUUUCAAGAUAUCUCCUCAGACUUUUCGAGUUUUCUUAUCGCUCACGGCAAUAACAAAGACUAUGUCAAUAAUUUUACGAUAUCAGACAUCGACCAUGAUAUCGAAGAAUCUGAAAAUAAUGAUUCUGAAAAGAAAAUAAAGAGUACUGAUGGUUUUGUUGAUUUUAAUUUUGAUUUUGAUAAAAAUAUUUUACCGCAUAAUAAUUCCUGUGUUAAUAAAGUACAAGAUAAUGGUAUUGACGUUGACAUUCCACCGUUGGAGGAUCUUGAUAAUAAUAUAAAUAGUAUUCAAGAUGAUGAUGAUUUUGGUGAAUUUAGUGAUUUUAAUAAUACUGUAGUCAAUGUGGAAAAUAAUCAAAAUGAUAAAAAUUCAAUAAAAAAUGAUUUAGCUCCAACUUUAGAAAAAUUAAAAAUUAAUGAUUGUGAUUUUAAAAAUUUCAUAGAUUAUCAGUGUACAGAAACAAAAUCAACCAGUGAAUUAAAUGUAUUAGAGCCAACAGAAAUUUUCCCAGAUAAAAUUGCUGAAAUAAAUUCACUGCCAGAAGAAAUAUCGUCGAGUGAUCAAAUAAAUAAUGAUUACGAUCAUUUUUCGACUUACCAACCAUUUGAAAGUGCCACCACACCAGCAACAACAAUCAUUCCCAGUAGCAGUAAACAACCAGAAUUGAAAAUACAACAAACCUCAACAGUUACAGAAUGGAAGGAUCAAAGUGAUGUUAAUGAUGACGAUGAUUUUGGAGACUUUGCUGAUUUUUCCAGUGUACCAGCAGCUGCAAGUCAAGAAUGGACGCCAAAUAUCCAAGCGCCAGUGGCUUCUAAUCAAGAUAACGAUGAUUUUGAUGAUUUUGAUGACUUUGAUGAUUUUUGCACUAGUUCUGCAGUUGUAGAAACACCUCAAAUAAAUAUUAAAGAGUCAAUUAGUCGAAUAGAUAACAAGAAUGUUGCCAAUAAAAUAGAGGACAUAAUAAAAUCAAUGUUUCCUGAAACUCCAGUAAUUUCAGAGGUUGACGUAAAGCCAUUAAUUAACGAAGCCGAUGACUUGUGGGAGUCACUCAAACGCAUUGAAGAGACAAAUGCCUUGUCUUAUCAGUGGACUAAUAGCGUUAGUAACAAUGUCCUCCUCGGAGCCCUCGGUAUUGAUUCUCGAAACAUCCUAUUUGGACCUCGAUGGAAUCCAAACAUUCCAAGAUUUGCGGCUAAUUUGGGAUUUGCGCCCUUAGAGCCCACCAAAGCUUCCUCCGAAACUCAGCAGCCAUCAACAUCGAGUUCUACUAAACAGCACACUUCAACCAACAGCGAGGAAGUACCGGCAGCUCAAUUCGAUUGGAAUAGUUCCGGUCUAGUUAAUCCCCUUGAUGCAAGUGGUGGUCUUUCGACUCUCCUAUCUCUGGACUUGUUAUAUCCUUUUGAUCCUCUGUUAACUCCACAUUACUCCGCACAUUCCGAAUCCUAUCACCAUCACGCUGCUUGUAACAGGAGCUCCAUAUACUUCAGCAAUACCCAAAAUUCACACGAGCAAGAGCAAAACUAUUCAAAGGCAAGCUCGUUAGAAUUGAUGGAAAGUGAAUUAAUGAACCCAGCAAAAGCAUCAUCACAGUUGUCUAAAAUAAUAGAACCUUUGCCAGGACCCAAUACAGUUGAUUGGAAGAAAAAAGGUGAAGCUGGUGAUGCUGCUAAGAAAAGUGUCAAUCAAAAAUUAAAAACAGAUAAAAUAAAUCAAGUACCAACGAGCAGUAAAUCAUAUUCAACGAACGGUACCAUCAGUAAAAUUGACACAAAAGCUGAAUCAAUUAAAGCUGACUCUACGAAAGAGUACAGCCGUAAAUCAGCGACUGUUAAACGUGAACAUUUGCCAGAGCAGCACACAGUUAUGGAUCGUUAUGGAAGACCAAUGGUAGUUCAAGCUGAAACAGUACGAGUGCUGAAACAAUUGCCCGAUUUAUCAUUUCUCAGUGCAAGAACGCUACUAUUUAAUCCUGAACAAAAACAAAUUGUUCAGGACCUAGGUGCUAUGAUAAAUCGUAAAAUGCCUGGUUGAGUUACGUCGGUCUGAAUACGAGUUUUUAUUUAAUAUAUGAUUAUAUUAAAAAAGUUGUCUUGAGUAUUUUAAAAAAAUAUUAAUAACAGUAAUUGCUGCUAUUAUUAUUGUUUUAUUAUUAUUAUUAUAACUAUGAAUUAAGGGGAAAAAAAAGAAAGAAAAAUUCCAAGUUGAAUUAAAAGCUUGUGUUCAGACCAAUCAAAAAAAAAUUUUAUGUAUUUACUUAGUAUUUUUAUUAUUAUUUUUUUAAGGCAAUUUAACAAUUCAUCACAGAUAUUUCAAUCAUGUAUUAUUAUUUUUUUUUUUUCUAGAGACUCGGUAUUAACAUCACUGUAAAUAAAGACUCGUUUUUUUUUUCUUUUCGUUUUUAAUUGAACAACAGAAAAUUUAUUAGCUUAUUGCCAAGGGAUUUAUUUAAAAAAUAAAAUUUUUAAUAUUAACCGUCAUCUAGUCGACGUUCUGUUCCAUGUAAAAAAAAAGUGUUUAUAAAAUAUUCCAUACUGAUGUUGUGUUUAUAAUAAUAAUAAUUAAUAAUUAGUAACGUAAAUAAUAUAUAUUAUUAAAAAAAAAAAAAAAAAAAAAAAUCUAGAAUUUGUACCAUAUAUAACGUUAAUUAUUGCUAUUGCUACUGAAAAUUUUAAUCAACUUACCUAAAAAAUUUUCGAUAUCGAUAAUCAUUAAUUAUACAAUAAUAACUCUUGAGUCAAUGAAUUAAAUUCGCUGAAAUAAAUAAUAAAAAUCCAUUAUGUAUAUUUGCAAUAAAUAACAAUGCAGAAUGUAUCCGUUAAUAUGUUAAUAAUAAUUAUUAAUUAAUUAAUAUAAAAAUGAUAAUAUUUUUUAUGGUAUAAUUCAUGUUCCUGACUGGUUCAAGAAUUUAACUGUAAUGUGUACUUAAUUAUUAAAACUCAAGUCGGGAAUACCAUGUAUUCUAGAUAAUUAAUAAAUUUACUUAAUCUGUA